AUGCCGCCGCCGCCACUUCCUCCUCCUCUACCAUCCAAAACAGCCGACGAUAAGUUGCUUAGCAAUUACAAUGAAGACGGUGGUGGGUGCGAUUCUGACGAGGUUCUUGGUGGUUUCAGUUAUGGCAGAAGUUUUGUACCUAGAGGCAUAGGUGAACUUGAGAACCUUAAUCGUUUAGAGCUGAUCCAAAAUCAUUUGAAAGGACAAAUUCCUUCCAAUAUAUUCAACAUUUCAAUGUUGACACGCUUGAGCCUUGGUGCUAAUUUUUUCUCUGGCCCUCUGCCAUUAGAUUUAGGAGUUGGCAUUCCCAACUUGAAGGAAUUAUUACUAGAGGAGAAUGAACUAAUUGGACAAAUUCCAAGUAGCAUAUCAAAUGCUUCUAUGCUCAUUACGUUAGAUUUGUCAUUGAAUAAAUUUAGCAGAGAUAUACCCAAUGUACUUGGAAAUUUAACAAACUUGAUGGAAUUAGAUUUGGAUGGGAAUGAUUUGAGUGGGUUAAUUCCUGAUACAGUUAACAAAUUACAUGGUCUUCAACGCUUAAGCCUCAGUAGUAACAGAUUGUAUGGGUUCAUCAUAAAUGAGCUUUGUCAACUCAAAAGUCUAAGUGAGUUGUAUCUUGCCAACAACAUGUUUUCAGGAGCAGUUCCAAGAUGCUUCGGGAAUACUUCUCUACGGAAGUUGGAUUUUAGCUCUAACAAAUUGAUUUCUCAUAUACCCUCUUAUCUUUGGAGUCUCAAAGAUAUCUUGGUCUUAGACAUAUCCUCCAAUGCAUUUAGUGGAAUAAUUUCACUAGAGGUAUCAAACUUGAGAACAAUUAUACUAUUGAAUUUGUCAAGAAAUCAAAUUUCAAGAAGCAUCCCUACAACUAUAAGUAGUUUGCAAACUUUGCAAACCCUAUCUUUGGCCCAAAACAAAUUACAAGGGCAUAUUCCUGAAUCUCUUGGUGGCAUGACAAGUAUAGAGUCUUUGGAUCUUUUCCAUAAUUAUUUGUCUGGUGUGAUUCCAAAAUCUUUAGAGUUAUUAGUCCAUCUUCAACACAUUAAUCUUUCUUAUAAUUUAUUGCAUGGAGAAAUUCCAAGUAGGGGGCCUUUUCAAAAUUUUACUGCUGAAUCUUUUAUGAUGAAUAAUGAUCUUUGCAGAAAGUCACAAUUACAAGUGCACCCAUGUAGGAAAGAACACAAGCACAUGUCAAAUAAAUUGAAGCUAUUGAUAACGUGCUCAUUGCCUAUCAUAUGCAUGAUUGCCAUUUUGGUUUUAGGCAUUGUCUUUCUAAAGUGUAAGAGAGAUCAUGUUAAUGAUUCAACCAACAAGGAUUUAAUAAAUUUUGAGACACCAACUAGGAUAUCCUAUUAUGAGCUUUGGCAAGGAACAAAUGGAUUUGAUGAGAGUAAUCUUCUGAGCUCUGGAAGUUUUGGAUUAGUAUACAAAGCAACUCUUCUAAACUCAAAAAUAGUUGCUAUCAAAGUGUUUAAGUUAGAAAUGGAAGAAGCAUUAAGAAGCUUUGACAUUGAAUGUGCUGCCAUAUGCAAUUUACGCCAUCGCAAUCUCAUUAAGGUUAUCACUUGUUGCUCAAAUGAUCAUUUCAAAUCUUUAAUAAUGGAAUUCAUGGAAAAUAGGAGUCUAGACAAAUGGUUAUACUCACAUAACUAUUAUUUAAAUAUCUUGCAAAGGUUGAACAUAGUGAUUGAUGUGGCAGUUGCUCUAGAGUAUCUUCAUCACAAUUCUUCGACCCUAGUUGUUCACUGUGAUGUGAAACCAAGCAAUGUUUUGUUGGAUGAAGAUAUGGUAGCUUAUCUUAGUGAUUUUGGUAUUGCUAAAUUGUUUGGUGAAGGACAAUUGGAAAUUUAUACCAAAACUUUGGCUACAAUUGGCUAUAUGGCACUAGAGUAUGGAUCGAAAGGAGCUGUUUCUAUCAAAGGAGAUGUGUAUAGUUAUGGUAUUUUGCUAAUGGAAAUCUUUACAAGGAAGAAGCCAACAGAUGAGAUGUUUGUUCAAGGAUUAAGUUUGAAAGAUUGGGCAAAUAUGAAGCAAGAGGCUUCUAAUAGCACUGAUAACUCACAAAAUUAUUCUAUUAGCAUUGAGUAUCUGGAUGAAUCAGAUUAUGAGCCUCUUAGUGAGGAUUACGACCCGGAACCCUUCGAAGAGGAGCAUGAACCUCAAAGUGAGGAUUCUAAUUCUGAUCAUGAAGAGGAUCCCAAUGUUGAUCUCUAA